GUGACUUCUGCAACAAUGUCUACAAUGCAGCUUAAAGAUGCUCAGUUCAUGGAGGGGUACCAGGAGAAACUGCUUGAGGAGUUCAGACGCAGCAGCAAUGAAAUCCUUAUUAUCUCCGAGCAGGUGGAUGAUGUGUGCGUUACACACGAUCAGAGUCUGACUGUGGACUGUUUACAAACAGACGGUGAAAUCACAUGGAGAUUCAAAAUAACCACUGAGAGGUCUUUGGUGCAUGUGGCUCUGUUGAAAGCUGAAAGUGGUGCUGUUUUUUCCUUGGGUGAUAAUUUGAACACUUUCCCCCCUAUAACACACACUCCAGGCCACCACCUCCGCUCCUCGCACUCCACAUAUGAGCUGAGCGUAUGCUUUCUGUCUUUCCGCCCUGGUGUGUACGAACAAUGGCUGGUGUUUGACUUCGACAUGCGACCGGUUCUGCUCAGGAAAAUUAAGGUGAGAGUCGGCGAGCAGUUUCAUGCCCAGCAGGAUGAAGAAGAGAACGAAUGUGCUGAAAAUGUUUCGAAUGAACGCUGGGACAGGGGAAACAGGGUCAUCGUGCCCUUCUCCACAACCAGUAGGGGGGUAGACGAGCUGCUGCUUAGUAAAUACAAACCACCCCGGAUGAAUCUGCAUUUCAGUUCCUAUACAGAUCACAGUUUACCACUUCGCCAGGACAACUACAGAGAGAGAGCUCACGACUUCCUGUUCAGAGAGGAAAUUGCUGAGGAGAAGCUCAUUAGCAGAUUAAAUGUCUGCGGAAUUGCGUCACUCUCUGGGCUGAAUGUGUCACAGUUUUUCAUUUCAAGGAGGCUGUGUGCUACACUUAAGGUCUCUUGUACACUUACCCCAGACACCCCUGAAGGGCUGAUGCUAAAACGAGGGGUGCAGAUGGCUUUGGUGAACUCCACGGCAACAUACACCGGUGCGCCGGUGAAGCACGCAAACCGAGUCUAUGAGGCGUUGGUGCUCAAACCUGCUGCCAACGAGGGUCACAUCAGCCUCGAGUUAUCUGCAAUAUCUGUGUCUGAGCUACAGCUGAAGAAAGAUAGCAGGUGUGAAAUGGAGGUUCAGUUUCAGCUGAACAGGUUGUUAUUCUGUCAGAUGCACCAGGCUAUUGACCACCUACCAGACUUGCACAAUGUUCUGCCUGAUCUCAAUAACUGUUGUGUUCCUGUGAAUACGACCAGACAGUCUGAAUUGAAAGACAAGCAGCAAAUUGCCUUGAAUUUCAUCCUUGGCAAGUGUGAAGGCAGCAAAGCUGCAGCACCCUUGCUGAUAUAUGGGCCAUUUGGCACUGGAAAGACCCUCUGCCUUGCGUCAGCCGCCAUACAGCUGGCCCGUCAGCCUAAAACCAAAGUGCUCAUCUGCACAUAUACUAACAGCUCUGCAGAUCUAUAUGUCAGUGUGCACUUCCAUCCAUAUAUUACAAAUGGACAUCCAAACCUCAAAAUACUCAGGAUAAAGGCAAACAAAGGUGGGACUUCCAUCACGGCAACCGAUGACAUCACUCGUAAAUAUUGUCUCUGCUCUCCUGAUGGACAGUCUUUUAUCUUCCCAACAAGAUCCGAUCUAGAGUCACAUCGGAUUAUCAUAACUACCACAACAAUGGCACGCCGUUUUCUUGACCUUAAACUUCCUGAAGGCUUCUUCAGUCAUAUCCUGAUAGACGAAGCAUCUCAGAUGCUGGAGAGUGAAGCACUCAUGGCUCUUGGGUUAGCAGACAAGCACACUCGAGUGGUUUUAGCUGGAGACCACAUGCAGAUGGCUCCGAAACUUUUUUCCGUAUCUAACAACAAACAUUCGGAACACACAUUGCUCAACCGGCUCUUCCGUUACUACCAAGAUCACAGCAGCAACAUCGGCAAGAAAAGUCGGAUCAUCUUUAAUGAGAACUACCGAUCCACUGUGGAAAUAGUGGACUUUGUAUCCACUCACUUCUAUUUAAGUGAUGGCAUCAAGGCCAAAGGAGAUGUUCCUCGUCAUCCCAAGCUAUACCCUCUGAUGUUCCAUCAUGUCAGGGGGGAGUGUCAUUUGAACUCCUCCUCUAUGUCCUGGUACAACGGUGCUGAGGUCAAGAGCGUCAUUAAUGUGAUCCAAGACCUUGUGACUGACUGGCCAGAGGAAUGGGGUAAAAAAGAACCAAUGCAGAUCUGUGUGUUAAGUGAAGGCCAGCAGGUUGAAUUUAUCAGAAGCAGUCUCCGUUGGAAAAGAAUUCAUGGAAUAUCAGUGCAGAAUUUAUUAAACAUCCAAGGGAAGCAGUACAGAGUCAUCAUCAUAACAACUGUUCACACCAGAGACAGACUUCUUCAAUCAGAGUCGAGCUGUCUUGAUUUUUUUGAUGAUAUCAAGGCACUAAACACUGCCAUAACUAGAGCCCAGUCAUUGGUGGUUGUUGUUGGAGAUGCCAGUGCUCUUUGCUGCUUUGGUAAUUGCUCAAGGAUCUGGAAGUCCUACAUAGAACACUGCAUCAGCAAGGGCAGUGCCAAACCAGACUACUUGACCAGAGACUUCCUUCAACAUGAAGUGUCGGAAAUUUUAAAAUUUCAAAAGACAGAAAGAGUAGCAAAGAUUGAGGAUGAUGUACCUACCCAGCCUGAAACUGAUCUUAUAUUGAAAGAGAUGAUUGAUGACUAUGAUAGAGAGACAGACUCAGACGAAGACAACGAAGGUCAUCCUGAGCAAAAGAGGCUUUUAUUCGCUUCCAGUGAAAAGGAAGACCUGUUGACGCUGGUUAGGGAACGGCCUGCUAUCUACAGACAUGGAGAACUGAUAAUGGAGGGGUACCAUUCAGGUUAUGUAGUACCGUACGACAACCCUACUGAACACAUUGUUAUUAAAGGGAGAAAGAACAUUGGCAUGUCUUUUCCCGGGGAUGAAGUUGUAGUGGAGACAGGAUCCCGCCAUGAAGAAGGUAAUCUUACUGGGAAGGUUUUAGGAGUCACAAAUAGUGCAAGUUUCUCUUCUAAAUUUGUGUGCACCUUAGAGAAUGAUAACUACCAAAAACGGACACAGAAAAAGGACAAAAACUUUCUCACAAAGAUAAUGAUACCCCUCAGUAGCGACACCACAAAAAUAUGUGUCUUGGUAAGCAAGAAGACUCGCAACUUAAUUCCAAUUUGGAAACUUUACAAGGACAAGUGGAACAUUACAAGAUACUUUGCUCUGAAUGAACACACAAGAAAGGAAUAUGUUUUUGUUGUUCAAAUUUUGACCUGGAAAGCUCACUGUUUUUUCCCACUAGGCAAUGUUACAGAAGUCCUACCAAUUGGGACAACAUUGGAGGAGGGACUAGAGAUUUUAAAAACAGAGUUUCAAUUGACACCCUCUCCUCUGAUGCAAGAGGUUGCAUUGUUUACCACACAAAAAGAUGAAACUGAUUACAGCAAGAGAACAGAUUUGACGGGUAUAAUAACGUUCACUGUUGAUCCAAAAGGAGCCAGAGACUUGGAUGAUGCUAUAAGUGUUCUGGAUCUGGGAGACUGCUAUGAAAUAGGGGUUCAUAUCGCAGAUGCUGCUAGUUUUGUGGCUAAGGACAGUCCUCUUGAUUGUACUGCAAGAAAGAGGGGAGCAACUUUUUACAGCUCUAAAACAAAACCUGUGUUUAUGUUUCCAGAAAACUUUACCACUAACUUACUGAGUCUCCUACCAGGUAGAGAGUGCAAAGUCAUUUCAUUCAUUGCCACAGUAGAUAAAGAGUCAAGCAUUAUCAAAAAUACAAACUUUGAUCUUUCUGUGAUACAGUCUGAAGAACAGCUGACCUACAGGGAUGCUGAGGAUAUAAUAAGUCAGUAUGAUGGGAGGCUAAAGUUUGAUACUUUAGAGGAUUGUGUCAGAGUGGCUUAUCAUUUCGCAAAAACACAACGGAAAGCUAGACUUAAAGAAAGCUGGGAUUAUGUCCAACCUGAUCGUCAUCAUAAAUCGGGAGAGAAAGAUGCUCAUCUAAUGAUUGAAGAGUUGACCAUAAUGUUUAACCACGCCAUGGCAGACUUUCUGACCAACAAUACAAACACCAGAUUUUGCACUCCUCUGAAGUGUCAGCUACCUCCUACAGCAGAGAAAUUAGAGGAGAUUAUUAAUCAACAUUCAGAAGUUAUUCCUCUCUCCUCAUACCUGACAUAUCACAUCGGCAGAAACCACAUGGACUUAAGACAUCUAGACUUAAACAAUGGGGAGACCGGUGAGAAAUUCAUCAUUCUGACAUCAGUAUGGGAAAAGAUCAAAUCAGCAGCUUUGGAAUCUGACUUUUACAAAAUGGCGGACCUCAUUUCCACAGAUGAUAAUCAUCCACAGCUGUUUCCAGCCAUUGAUGAGUUGGGCACCAGCCUCAGCAAGCCUUUCUUCAUUCGAUCCUUCUCCUGCAAAGAAGCCUUAGCUGGGCACUAUUCUUUACAUCUGGACUCAUACACGCAUGCAUCCUCACCCAUGCGUCGAUACAUAGACGUGGUUCUUCAGAGGCUUAUGCAUGCUGUUAUCAAUGAUGGUCUAGUUGAGUACUCAAAUAUAGACAUUGACCUAUUGUGUGAAAAAUGCAAGAGUGGAGAAGACAGGGCAAAACAGUUUGAAAGUAAAGUGGAGUCACUUGCUGUUGCUGUUACCCUACAGAAACAGAGCACAUACAAGUUGGCUUUUGUCACAGUUGUUCGGCCUAAAAGCGAAAGUUUCAAAUUAUCAUUUCCAUUUGACAAAGGAACUUACCCAGACAGACUUCCGGUUAUGUACAGACACUUACAGCUAGAAGAUCAACCAAUAUUUGAAAGAGAACUAAAACAAAUGAGACUGACUUGGAAAAAACGCAUGUACUCAAUGAACACAACGCUUAGCCUAGACAGGAACCUGAGAUUCUGUUCAGAGAUACAGCAGAGCACAUGGCAUUACAUUGUUGAAGCAGUGAGAGAAGAAAAGUGGGAAGAGGCAAAGAGCAUCAUAUUGGCAGCAGAAGUACCAGAAUAUCAUGGAAGAGAUAAUGCGCCUAAAAACUCCAGACUGGAUUCUGAUCACACAUUUACGUCUGAAGAAGAUCAUUAUACUGAUUUUACCCUCUGUUUGAAAGCUGGAGACAUUGUGCAGGUCCAGCUAACCUCAGAAAAGGAAAGAGGCUACUGGGCGCCAGCUGUACAAUUACUAAAUGUGAGGUCAAACUUUGAAAUUUGUGUGGAACAUACUCACAAUCCUAUUAAAUGCUUUUCCAAACAUGCAAACCACCCAUCCAAACAUUCCUAUCAUGAUGUAGAAGAUUAUGUGCAGAUAUGGAAGCCACUGUGUGAAAUGGAGUCAGCUGCGACUGCUGUAGAUGACAGCGAUUGUGUUGUAAUAGAGAAAGUGCAUAUAGACUGGAAGCAGUCCUUUGUUGGUGGAAGUCCAAGUCUCUCUGGAACCUUCUCUUUACCUGUGGAAUAUAUCAAGAAAUGGGCAAUUGAAUUUGACCUGGCGAAGGGUUUCCUUUGUAUCCGAAAAAGAGUUUCAACACCAAAAUCAACAGAUCAGAGUCACCGGUCAGAGUUUGAUCCAGAGUACUUCACUUGGGUGGCACAUGGUGUGACAACUCAAUGUCUGGAUACACCCCAAAAUACUAAGGACAGAUCAAAGAUUAUACACUUUAACAUAAAGUAUACAUCCUUGAACCAUCCAAAAUUCGAAAGGGAUGCUACUUAUACAGUUGAAGUGAUCCCUAAGCUCCUUCCAGACAUACGAAAGGAAAGCGCUGUGAAUAAUUUACAAACAGCUAAUGAACUUGUUACGAACAUUGCAUUAGGACAUAGAGUUAGAAAAGAUGGUUCUGAACCAGCUGUAUACCGGUAUGUGCUCAGAAGACAGACAACACCAGAAGGUCUGCCUGAACUGAAUGAAAGCCAGUUUAAUGCUUUGGAACAAGCUGUGAAUGGCCAAUUCACCCUCAUUCAAGGCCCCCCAGGUACAGGAAAAACAGUUGUGGGUGCUUACAUUGUGUACUGGUUCUCCCACCUGAACUCCGAGAAACCUCAGAAACUAAAGGAAAAAAAUGAAGAAGAGAAGAAGGAAGUUAUUCUUUAUUGUGGACCAUCAAACAAAUCUGUGGAUGUAGUUGCAGAAUACCUGCUCAAGUUUGGGGAGAAGCUAAAGCUAUUGCGUGUGUACAGCAGACAGAUGGAAAUGCAAGAGUUUCCUUACCCUGGGAGCAACCUCCAGUUAUCCCAAAAAUCACUGCGUCAGGAAUGCUCUAAACCCAAGCUCAGGGACAUAACACUUCAUCACAGAAUUCGUGAGAGUCACAAUCCUCAUUCACAAGCUAUACAGGUCUUCGAUGAAAAAAUCAGAAAUGAUGCAGCAUCACUCACAGACGAGGACAUAAAAGAAUAUAAGAAGCUUUUAAAUGAGGCACGUCUGUAUGAACUGAAAAGGCAUGAUGUGAUUCUGUGCACCUGCACGACUGCCGCAUCCCCUAACCUUACUAAGUCACUCAGUGCACGACAGAUCCUCAUUGAUGAGUGCGCCAUGGCAACAGAACCCCAGACGCUUGUCCCAUUGGUCAGCUUCAAACCCGAGAAGGUUGUGCUGUUGGGCGAUCACAAGCAAUUGCGUCCAAUCGUGAAAAAUGAGCAUGUACGGAGACUUGGAAUGACACGCUCCCUGUUUGAACGCUAUAUGAGUAGAGCAGAACUGCUGGACACCCAGUACAGAAUGCAAAAAGACAUCUGUAAAUUCCCGUCAGAGGCAUACUACCAGGAUAAGCUCAAAACUGAUGUGGCUGAACGGACAAGCAUGCUCCACGCAGAGACAAUGAGACAAAGCAAACACAUUCUGUUUGGAGAUAUAAGAGGUGUGGAGAUCAGUUUGGUUGUUUCAACUGCACGGGGGAAUGAAAACUCAAAAGCCAACCUUGCAGAGGUUAAAAAAGCUGUUGACAUCUGUACUAAGCUGAUAUCAGUGGGUGGUGUGAGGCCGGAGGACAUUGCCAUUCUGUCACCAUAUAACGCACAGGUGGCUCAGAUCAAAGAAAAUAUUAAAGGAAGACACCAGUCGGAGAAGAUCACAGUCACCACAAUUACAAAGAGUCAAGGGAGUGAGUGGCGGUAUGUGAUUUUAUCGAUGGUUCGCUCCUGCCCCAGUGAAGAGAUUGAACCUAUGCCAUCAAGAGAAUGGCUCUCCAAGCAAAUUGGCUUUGUGGGUGAUGAAAAUCAGAUCAAUGUGGGCAUCACAAGAGCACAGGAAGGGCUUUGCAUUCUGGGUAAUCAGGAGUUACUGAACUGCAGCCCAGCAUGGAGGAAACUACUGAAACAUUAUUCAGGUUGUGGCAGUGUGGUUCUUGCAGACCAGAUUGUUGUACGCAAUGUCCGCUGAACUAUAUUUUAAUUUAUUUAUAUUUGAAUAUUUAUAUUAUAUUUUAAAUUUUAAAUUUUUUUUAGACUUUCAAACAUACAUUCCAAACUUCAUAUCAUUCCACCUCAUUUCAAAUGAUCUUUUAAUGUGUUUUGAAUAAGACAUUUAAGACCUCAGGGGUUAAAAUGUGAAUGGAGUUUUUUACUAUAAUAAGCCUAUUUUAUGUACAAACAUUAUAAUUAAGAAGCUAUUUUGAAGCACUUAAUAUUGUGACUGCACAGAUCUGGAGUUCAAGACAAGAUUAUAUUUUUUCUCAUUAAAUUCUGAACCAAGAUUUCUGGCCAUAUGAUAAUGUCAUUUUCUAUGUAUUUUAAAGCAUGAGAACUUGAGGAGAAAUUACAGAAAAUUUUAACUAUACUCACAUUGACUGCAAAUAAAAUAAAUUUAUUUUGUGAUAUGUACUGUUGAAAACCUGUAUUGUAAUGUUUAACCUACUUAGCAAUUGUCUGCCUUUUACUUAAAAGUUGUUCAAAUCAAUUACACUCGAUGAAAUUUGCUGACGUGUUUUUGUCAACAGAAAAUUUACAUUUCUAAACCAUGA